UACAGAUAACUAUUAUUGGAAUUUAACUACAAUCUUUAUAAAUCUCUCUCUACCGACCUAACCUCUCAAACUUCUUCUUGAUCUUUCUCUUUCUCUCUCUUAAUUUCUGAUCCAUUUCUCUCUCUCUCUGUGAUCAUCACUCAAUUUCAUGGCUACACAAUUCAGCCCAUGUUCUUCCUCUUCAUCAACUUUCUCAACCUCUUCAUUCAAGCACAAGACACAUCUCUGCACAAAAUUCAUCAUUGUCCCGGCAAGAAUCUAUUCCUCUAAAUGGGUGUCCCAGAUUCGCUCAAGAAUCCACUCAAGAAAGCAUUUUGAGUUCAAUUCCUCAAAUGGGUAUCCUCUAAAUGCUGUUUCUUUGCAUGACGGUUUAGCUGAAAAUUCUGUGUCUAAAGAAAAUAGUGAGCCGUUAGUGAUGGAGAGAUCUAGUCGCUUCUCAGAAUCAGGAAAAACAGAAUCGACUCUCAGCAUAACUGUUGUUGGAGCUUCAGGGGACCUUGCCAGGAAGAAGAUUUUCCCUGCACUUUUUGCUCUUUUUUACGAAAAUUGCUUACCUGAGAGUUUCUCAGUUUUCGGCUAUGCUCGAACUAAAAUGACUGAUGAGGAGCUGAGGAACAUGAUUAGCCAAACCUUAACUUGCAGAAUUGAUAAGAGAGAAAAUUGUGGCGACAAAAUGGAUCAGUUUCUAAAAAGAUGCUUUUACCAUUAUGGUCAAUAUAACUCCGAGGAGCAUUUCUCAGAAUUGGACUGCAAACUAAAACUUAAAGAGGAAGGCAGACUUUCAAAUAGGUUGUUUUACUUGUCAAUACCUCCAAACAUAUUUGUGGAUGUGGUGAGAUGUGCUAGCUGUAGAGCUUCUUCGAAGAAUGGGUGGACAAGGGUCAUUGUUGAAAAGCCAUUUGGUCGUGACUCAGAGUCAUCUGGAGAGCUCACCAGGUCUCUAAAGCAGUAUCUAACAGAGGAUCAAAUAUUCAGGAUUGACCACUACUUGGGCAAAGAGCUUGUCGAGAACCUAUCAGUUCUUCGUUUCUCAAAUCUUGUUUUUGAGCCGCUGUGGUCAAGGAAUUACAUCCGUAACGUGCAGCUGAUAUUUUCUGAAGAUUUUGGUACAGAAGGACGAGGGGGCUACUUUGACAACUAUGGAAUCAUUCGAGAUAUAAUGCAAAAUCAUCUCCUGCAAAUACUAGCACUUUUUGCAAUGGAGACACCUGUCAGCUUGGAUGCAGAGGACAUUAGGAAUGAAAAGGUCAAGGUUUUGAGGUCAAUGAGACCAUUGCAACUUGAAGACGUGAUAGUAGGCCAAUAUAAGGGCCACAGCAAGGGCAAUAACACCUAUCCAGCAUAUACGGAUGAUCCAACAGUGUCGAAGGACAGUCUCACUCCAACAUUUGCAGCAGCAGCACUCUUUAUCAAUAAUGCCCGAUGGGAUGGGGUUCCUUUCCUGAUGAAAGCAGGCAAAGCUCUCCACACUAAGCGAGCAGAGAUCAGAGUUCAGUUCAGACAUGUCCCAGGCAAUUUGUACAAGCGAAACUUUGGAACAGAUUUGGAUAAGGCUACAAACGAGCUAGUGCUUCGCGUACAACCAGAUGAAUCCAUAUAUCUGAAGAUCAACAACAAGGUCCCUGGUCUUGGAAUGAGACUUGACCGUAGUGACCUCAAUUUGCUUUACAGCGCAAGGUAUCCGAGAGAAAUACCAGAUGCAUAUGAGAGGCUGCUCUUAGAUGCAAUAGAAGGAGAGCGAAGAUUGUUCAUAAGAAGUGAUGAGCUUGAUGCUGCUUGGUCUCUAUUCACACCGCUGUUGAAAGAAUUAGAAGAGAAGAAGAUUGCACCGGAGCUCUAUCCUUAUGGUAGCAGAGGACCAGUUGGAGCACAUUAUCUUGCUGCAAGGCACAAUGUGCGAUGGGGAGAUCUUAGUGGUGACGACUCAUGAAAUGCUCACGACAAGUUUUUCUUCAAAAUCUUGAGUAGUUGAAGUUUGAUUCUUUCAAUGUAUGAAAUAUAAUGCCAUUGGACAAUGUUAAUGUUCCCUCAGAUGGGUAGUAAUUGAGUUUUGAUGUAUAGUGUGUCUGUUGAAAAAAUUACGGAGUUCAAUUUUGAAAGCUUUGCUCAAUUUUGGAA